AUGCGGCCUCGAGCCCAGCUCACAAAGUCACGACUCCAAAACUCGACCUGUCCCGAGUCCAGACCAACCAGCCAGCCGCGCCCAACCGUCUCGUCCGCGCUGCAACAAAUCAUCCACUCCAAAGUGGUCGCGUCCGCCCGCCCAGCCCGCACCAGCUUCCCCCGAAGCAAUGGCUGCGCAGACCGCGACCGUCCCCGUCGUCGACGGCCCGUCCGACAAAUCCUUCCAGUCCAAAUGGUCCUCUCGGUAUCGCGGGGUACGUGCCCACGGCCAUCCAUCUCUUGCUCCCCGCCCCUUCUCCCUCCCAAGCCAGCCGCAGACGCGUCAAGUCUCGCUCACGCCCGUCGCCAGGCCACCGUCCAGGACCUCGAGCCCCCCGCCGCCCUGUCCCUGAACCCCUCGGACGCCAUCUCCCUCGCUCUCCUGUCCGCCUUUGAGCGCGAGUACACCCACCUCACCGUCGUCGACUCCCAGACCCGCGCCCUCCUCGGAUACAUCUCCAUCCCGCACCUCCAGACCCUGCUGGACAGCGGCAAGGUCAAGCCCCAGGACCCCGUCUCCUCCGCCAUGACGCACUUCCAGCGCCGGAACCGACGGUACAAGGUCAUCACCCUCGAGACGCCCCUCGAGCAGCUCGAGGAGUUCUUCCGCGGCGGCCAGACCGACGGCCCGUGGAGGGAGGAGUUCGCCGUCAUCACCGACGAGAACAGGAGAUUUGUCCUGGGCGUCGCCACCGCACAGGACCUGGAGGAGUUUGUCAGGAGAAGACCUGCCUGA